CUUAGAUAUCCUACCUGUUUACCCAAAACAUGAUUCGCGCUAUAUGGUUGGCAUUAAUAAACAAAGAAGUUAGAGAUGCAAGUAACGAAGAAAUGGCGUAAGAUAAUUAUUAUUAUUGUAACACAUACGGCUAUUCAUUCUUCAUUUUCUAGGAUAACCGACCAUGCAAUGUGUCAAUCGACGCGUUCGCUAGAAGGUAAAACUGUUAUUGUUACUGGUGGCAAUUCUGGAGUUGGUAAAGGAUGUUGCACAGAUUUUAUAAGAAGAGGAGCCAGGGUUAUACUUGCGUGUAGAAACCGUGAAAGAGGCAAUGAUGCUAAAUCGGAUAUUGAGCGGGAUACAGGAAUUCAUGGAAAUUUAAUAGUUAUGAUACUCGAUUUAUCAAGUAUGAAAAGCGUACGAGAAUUUGCAGAAGAAUUUAAAGAAAAGGAAAGUAGACUGGAUAUUCUUUUGAACAAUGCUGGUGUACCGCGAGCGUCGGAGAGAUAUUCAGUUGAUGGAUUCGAAGGAAUUAUGGCUACAAAUCAUAUUGGUCAUUUCCUAUUAACGUAUCUAUUAAUAGAUAUGCUUAAGAGCUCUGCACCCAGUCGAGUUGUUAACGUCUCUUCAUCAGGCCACUUUGCAUGCAAUGACAUGAUGUUUGAAAAUUUUCAUGAUAGAGGAUGUUGCAGUUCUAACGGAUUUGUUUUAUACAGUAGAAGUAAAGCUGCAAAUGUACUAUUUACAAACGAAUUGGCUAAAAGAUUUUCAAAGCAUGGAGUGACAGCCUACUCAGCUCAUCCUGGGUUUGUCAUGUCUAACUUUACAAGUGGCUAUUCUGGAUGUAAAGAUUGUACAACUAUACUACUUACCAAAUGUAUUGGAGGAGCCGAUAAAUCAUAUACAAAGACAGUGGAGCAAGGAGCCCAAACACCUAUUCAUUGUUGUGUAGCAGAGGGCAUAGAGAAUGAAUCAGGAUCUUAUUAUCACGAAUGUAAAGUGCAUGUAAAAUCAAAAUUUUGCACUGACGAAAAGAAUUCUCUACGCCUUUGGGAUUUAACAAAUGAACUCGUUGGAGCCCAAUGGUGAUGAAUAUAUCAACGAUAAACAUUUAUACUCGAAUAUAUUGACUUUAUUACUUGUUAAUCUUUCUUGUAUAAUGCAUUAAUUCCUAGAACUAUGAUAAAGGCUACUAUUGAUUGUCUUAACGUCGAGAUUAAUACUUUUUCAUUAUUUUAAAAAGAGUGAACAAGAACAUUUAUAAAU